GGCGUUUUUAAAAUAACACACCGCACACACCCCUCGCCCUCCUUCGCCCUUUCACCUUCUCUCCUCUUCUUACAGAGAGAGCAAAACAUCCUCCCAAACCCAACCAAGGAACACACCAAACCCUAAGUCAAACAAGCCUCUCUCUCUCUCUCUCUCUCUCUCUUUCUCUCCUUCCUUCAUGGCCCAUCAAACCCUAAUCAUGGAAGACGUCUUGGGUUUUGAUCAUUAGUUUGAGACCAUGAGUUCUAACCCCAGCUCUAGCGGCGGAGGCGGAGGCGGCGGAGGGGGGAGUGGCAGCGGCGGGGGCAGUGGGAGCGGGAGCGGGAGCGGAGGGCCAUGCGGCGCGUGCAAGUUCCUGAGGAGGAAGUGCGUGCCCGGGUGCAUAUUCGCGCCCUACUUCGACUCGGAGCAAGGGGCGGCGCACUUCGCGGCAGUGCACAAGGUGUUCGGCGCGAGCAACGUGUCGAAGCUCCUCCUCCACAUCCCCGUCCACAGGCGGCUCGACGCGGUGGUCACCAUAUGCUACGAGGCGCAGGCCCGCCUCCGGGACCCCGUCUACGGCUGCGUGGCCCACAUCUUCGCCCUCCAGCAGCAGGUGGUUAACCUCCAAGCCGAGCUCUCUUACUUACAAGCCCACCUGACGACGUUGGAGCUCCCGGUGCCUUUACCGCCUCCGCCGCCGCCCCCAGCUAUGGGGCCGCAGCUAUCAAUAGCUGAUCUCCCAUCCGCCUCGUCGAUCCCCGCUACUUAUGAUUUGUCCUCGCUUUUUGAUCCAAUGGCACAAGCGGCGUGGAUGGUGCCCCAACGGCAGAUCGAUUUCCGCCAAUUCGAAGGCAGCUGUGGCGGCGGCGGGUCAUCAGCUGCAGGCGGCGGCGAUCUUAAUGCGCUGGCCCGGGAAUUGCUACGGCGGCAAGGAUCUCCACCUCCUGGCUGCAUAGACGCGAUGUCAUCGCCAUCGUCCCUCUCAAAGUGAGACUUGACAACCCUAAUCUAUACUAGUACUUGCCCCGGGAUCGACAGUUCGACGAUACAUACUAUAGCGAUGGAGCUUUGAUUUUCUUGUUAUACUUAGAGAGGCAAGUAAUAGUAACUAAUUAAAUCUUUGUAGCCUGGUUCUAUUUUGCUUAUCCUCUUCUAAAGCAAAAAAACUAGUGCAAUUGAACGCUAGAUUAUACAUGUACUGAGCUUCAAUUUGAAAAUGUCUAGCAAUUAAACUUGUAAUUUUCAAAAUAUUUUGAUCGUGGAGCUCAUGGACCCUGUCGAGUAUAGUACUUUUAGGGAAAUGCUUGAACUUCUCA